AUGAGUCCGUUUCGUCUAGUCUACGGAAAGGCUUGUCACCUUCCGGUAGAGGUGAAACACAAAGCUUACUGGAUUGUGAAGGAAUGCAACUUGGGAUUGAGAGAAGCCGAAAUUGAAAGAAAGCUGCAACUACAGGAAUUGGAGUGCCUUCGACUAGAAGCAUGUGAGAACUCAAGACUCUACAAGGAGAGGGUGAAGGCUAUGCAUGACAAGAACAUCAAGAGAAGAGAGUUUAGAGUUGGGGAUUUAGUUCUCCUCUAUAACUCAAGGUUGAGAUCAAGGUGGAAAGGUCCCUAUAGAGUGGAAAAGGUAGAACCAUAUGGAGUCUUUCACCUGAGUCACCCUUCAAGCCCCAACUUCUUCAAAGUCAAUGGCCACCGGUUGAAGCUAUAUCAUGUGUUAAUUUCUAGUUCUGCAUAA